GUGUUUGAAGUAGAAAAUGGAAACCGAAGGAGAAAACUAACCUCCACUGGUGUGUAGGGCUAUGGAAUGCGAUGAAGGCAAAAGAACAUUCCUUUCAUCAUCUGGAUGUCCAUUCAUGUCGCAAGAUAAAUCUUGGAGCCGUGGACCGGAAAGGAAAAAUUACAGGAAACUGGAUUUUUACGUAAAAAACUACGAAAUUACGACUUCUGUGGGUCGUCUAGAAAAUGACGUCAAAGCUAAUGUCAAAUUCUUCAGGGGCCAUUCAAGGAAGUCAUGUGGGGAUGAUGAUGAUCAGAUUUUUAGUUUGAAUGAUCAACUAAUAAAAAAGAAAGAAAAAAUAAACCCAGUUAUAAAAGAAAACUCAUUUGGAAUGGAUAGGCCACUUUUUUCAGGAAAGGCUAUUUCGACUUUGGAACCUGAUCGUUAUUUCACAGAAGACAUGAAUAAUAAAGAAAGCGAAAGGAUCCCCCUGACUUUAAGUGAUAAUCAUUCAGGUACUUAUGAAUCUUUUGUGUCGCGAGACAACUCUAUUAUCUAUUGCUGCCAUGGUAAUGCCGCAGAUGAAUGCUGCAAUAACGUGAACGGUAAAUUGCCAGAUAUGUCCCCAAACUCCAGACGAGAAAGCAUUUUGACAGAUUCUCAUUGCCAUGAUGAAAACGAGGUAGGAGUCGAUAAAGUUGCUCGACGUCGAUUAGUGCUAGCUAGUGUUCUUUGUUUGCUUUUCAUGGUAGGCGAAGCCGUUGGUGGCAUUUUAGCAAACUCGUUGGCCAUCGCCACAGAUGCUGCGCAUUUACUAACGGAUUUCGCAAGUUUCAUGAUAAGUUUGAUGGCCAUAUGGGUAGCAUCAAGACCAGCAACUAAGCGUAUGAGCUUCGGAUGGUACAGAGCUGAGGUGAUUGGAGCUCUGACGUCUGUGCUCUUAAUAUGGGUGGUUACGGGUGUCCUUGUAUAUAUGGCAGCUCAGAGAAUAAUAAAUGAAGAGUAUGAAAUUGAUGCUGAAAUAAUGCUUAUUACAGCGGCUGUUGGCGUUGGCGUUAAUGUAAUAAUGGGAGUUGCCCUUCAGGCUGGUGGCGUAUCUCACGGUCACAGCCACGGUGGAUCUGAAACGAAAAAGCACGGCCAUCAGCAUGAAGCAUCCGGGAAAGACAAUAUAAACGUCCGUGCUGCAUUUAUACAUGUCAUCGGCGAUUUUAUCCAAAGUCUUGGCGUACUUAUUGCUGCACUUGUCAUUUAUUAUAAGAAAGAAUACGCUAUAGUGGAUCCCAUUUGCACGUUUUUCUUCUCCAUCCUAGUGCUUAUUACAACCUUUGCCAUUUUAAGGGAGACUCUCAAUGUGUUGAUGGAAGGUAUGCCUAAAGGGAUGAAUUUCCAAGAAGUGAUGAAGCUUAUUUACACAAUACCAGGUGUGGUGAAAGUGCACAAUCUAAGAAUUUGGUCUCUAAGUAUGGAUAAAACAGCUCUGUCUGCUCACCUUGUUAUCGCAUCAGGGGAAAAUCCGAUUACUAUUUUAAAGAAGGCAUCGAGCAUCAUUAGAAGAGAUCUAGGUGUCUUUGAUUUGACGCUGCAAGUGGAGGAAUACAGAGAAGACAUGCAGGACUGCACUAAAUGCAAAGAACCAAAAGACUGAAGAACUUAUGUGUGUUUUUGCUGGUGGCAAACACGCAUUUUAUUCAGAAAAUAUGGAAAAAUUAAUGAAAUGUGCCGCAUAAAAUUUAUAUACGAUAUCGGCGCUUUUCUCAAACACGCUAUUACUCUUCCCGUGCAUUCUGGGAAUAUGACUCUUUACUCUGCAAAGAAGGAAAAGAAGAAAACCCUUCGAAUUGUAUUUUUAAAGACCCCAUUAAAAAAGUUAAGUAAAAGUG